AUGGUCGGCUCAGAGGCUGUGGAUGCGUGUGGUGUGCAGUGUGCUCCGUCAUAUGGCUACCUGGGUGGUGCCAUUACGCAGGACAGUGGAGGCUUCCAGCUGGACGAGGCUGAAUUCCUACCGUUCCUCAGCAAGGGAUACAUCAUGACUGUGCCGGACAAAGAAGGCCCGCUCCUUGCGUUCGCUGCUGGCCGCAUGGAGGGAUACAUGACGAUAGACAGUGCUCGUGCGACUAUCAAUUUUGAGCCGCUUGGCCUGUCGAAGGACACCAAGAUCGGCAUGUACGGCUACUCGGGAGGCGCACUUACGCUCGGCUGGGCAGCUGGUCUGCACCCCGUGUAUGCGCCGGAGCUGAAUAUUGUUGGUAUGACGUUUGGUGGUACGCCGGCGAACCUCUCUGGCACCAUUGAGUAUGCGUCGGGUACGACCUUUGCUGGCUUUAUCGUUGCUGGUAUUACUGGUAUUAUCAAUGCGUAUCCAAAGGCGAAGAAGUAUGUCGAUAGCGUGCUGCUGCCCAAGGGUCGUGAAGCGAUCGAGUAUGCGCAAAACAACUGCUGGGUGCAGGUGGUCCUCAAGUACAUGAACGCAGACAUCAAGGACGAGGGCUGGACGACCAAGGGAGCUGCCGUGUUCCGGGACCCUGUCGUGCAGGAGAUCUUUGACGAGUCGAUCAUGGGUGCGAAGAAGGAGGAGACGCCGACAGCGCCGCUGUUCAUCUACCACGCCGAACAUGACGAGAUCAUCCCUGUGCGCGACAUUGAAAAGACCGUGGAUGUAUGGUGUGCGAACGGUGCGAACAUCAAGUACACCAACUACAACAAUGGGAUCCUUGACCACGAGACGCUCGAGGUGCUGGGCAUCGGCAAGGCCGUGCAGUUCAUCGAUGCCCAGAUGGACAGCAACUCGCUGGCACCAGGCUGCCAGAAGACCACGUCGAACUCGGUCGCAUUCGAGCCAGGUGUGCUGGGUUCCGACUUGGAGGACUUGAUGAACCUGAUUUGGACUGUGUUUGGCCAGAUGGUGGGUCCCAAGGGGCGAGUCUUGAAGCAGAAGGCUGCGGCGGGUCACGAUUCGUAG